UUCGCUCAUCUGCCCCCUCAUCCCAUCGAAAAACUCGUAGCCUCAUCGUCUUCUUCGAAGCUCUCGCUCUCUGUGCGUCUCUCUGGAGAUCGUUGGGUUCGAAUUCUGAAUUUAGGGUUCCAUCAAAAUGUCUGGGAAAGGAGCGAAGGGGUUGAUUAUGGGGAAAUCCCCGGCGGGAAGCAAGGAUAAAGAUAAGGACAAGAAGAAACCCAUCUCUCGCUCCUCACGCGCCGGUCUCCAGUUCCCAGUGGGCCGUGUUCAUCGUCUGCUUAAAACAAGGGUCAGUGCCAAUGGAAGGGUAGGGGCUACAGCGGCAGUGUACACGGCCGCAAUACUCGAGUACUUAACGGCUGAAGUUCUAGAGUUGGCCGGGAACGCAAGCAAGGAUCUGAAGGUGAAACGAAUAACCCCACGGCACCUGCAACUGGCCAUCCGUGGGGACGAAGAACUCGACACUCUCAUCAAAGGAACCAUUGCUGGUGGCGGCGUGAUCCCUCACAUCCACAAGUCUCUCAUCAACAAAUCCUCCAAAGAGUGAUUAGAUUUCUCUGUAAUAUCCUCCAUGAAUCUCUCCCUCUCUUGUUAACCUGUGUGAUCUCCGGAAGAAUAGCUGGUUCCUUGCUACUUCAUUUGGUAACCCCUCGUUGUGAUUAUAAUCUAAAGAACUAAUGUUCCUUUUCUAUGGUA